UGCAAAGUGAGCGAAAGAAUGCACCCCGUCAUAUGUUGUUUAUCCAAAGGUUCCGGCGUAUUCCUCCGGAGCGCCAAUGCAACACCCAUUCGCCGUCGACACGUUAACGUUGCAAAUGUGACGAGAGCUUCUAUCGAAAGAAGAGAAAGCAGUCGGAGUGAUGCCGCCGAGGUCUUCGCCUCUGCGGCUCGUCAAAUCGGCUUCACUCUACUUAUUUCGGCCGUAGUUGUCUCUUCAGCUGAUGCGACUGUACAAGAUGCGCAUCACAUCCUUGAUAUUGCUGGUCUUGAGGCUAACCCGGUGACGAACGCGCGUGCUCUUUUGCGGAAUUCCCUACCCAUCACGAAUAAGUCUAUCCGCGAGGUACAAAGAAAACUAGAGUCCAUUUCUGAUGACCUACGCGUGCCAGGGGUGCGUUUCACAGGUGUCGAGGCAUCUUUAGCUGGUGCUUCGAAAGUUCUAAACAACGAUUCUAUCAAAAUUCUUGCCUCUGUUGCUCCAGAUAAGAUGGAAGAUGGCAAAGCAGCCCUUGCUGAACUGCAGCAGCAGCUAGAGGACUUCAAGGUGGUGGUUGCACAGAAAGAUAAACAGGAGGUUCCGCUGGCACAGCAGCGUGCGCUGUCUCUAGUAAGCCGUAUCGAAGAGGACAUGGUUAACGAGUUCCCUUUCCAGAUACCCGCUCCAUAUGACCGCGGUCCGUUACUAAAGGGUCGCGCAACUGUCGAGUUGGAGGUUAAGGUGAAGGACAACGUCAAUGUGGACAGUGGUGUCAUGACAAUUGUCCUGGAUGGUUAUAACGCUCCUGUAACUGCAGGCAACUUUGCUGACCUUGUUGACCGUGGAUUUUACGACGGCAUGGACAUUCAACGCUCAGAUGGCUUCGUUAUACAGUCAGGGAAGCCCGCUGGGAAAGGAUUGGAUGGCUUUGUUGAUCCAGUUACCAAGCAAGAGCGAACGAUUCCACUCGAGAUUAUGGCCUCUAAGGAUAAAAGUGGCGUUCCAGUGUACGAAUUCACCUUCGAGGAUGUUGGCAGAUACAGAGACGAGCCCGUUUUGCCAUUCAAUGCUUUUGGUACCCUCGCAAUGGCACGUCGCGAGGCUGAACCAAACUCAGCCAGCUCACAAUUCUUUUUUCUCCUGAAGGAAUCUGAGCUCACCCCGUCUGGUACAAAUAUCUUAGAUGGGCGGUAUGCUGUUUUUGGUUACGUUGUCGAAGGGCAGGAGUUGCUGCGCGAAAUCAAGGCAGGCGAUGUGAUAAAAAGCGUCAGAAUUGUGGACGGUUCCGAAAAUCUCAAGAACAAGUCACGCGAUGUUGCACAACCCCUUUUAUCUGAAGAAGUUCAACGCACAAGAGAAUCAGAACGAAGUGAUUUUCUGUAGAGUACAUGGGCUUGUCCAACAUGCUGUACGGAAUUACUGCGCGAAGCAGGCAAAUACAGAGACUUCGUUGAGGACAAGAUUCGAGUUCGUAGUCUUUCCGUUUCUACUUCGGACUUUUUCUAAACGACAGCUACUGAGUUGACUUCUCUCGCUGCCACUUGUCACUUCGGAAUGGUAAGAUCAGAUACACUUCAUAUAAUCAGGGUACUCACAUGUCAGGGAGCAAGUACGAUUUUUUCACGAUGCAAGACUUUCCAGUGAAAACUUUGAUUUUCACCAUUCCAACAGUUUUUUGGGACAUUUUGAAGGUAUUUUGUUUGAUUCUUUUUCAUUUAGGUGUCAAUUCUUGUUCCUUUGCCCUC